UGAAUGGGCGCGUCUUCCAAUGGACAACGUGGUGGCUGCGUGCUAGCGGUGAACGGUAACUUCACGGAGGCAACAUGAUAAACCAUCACUGGCAGAACUGUCCCCAGCAUCAAGACUUCACCAUGCGUACCAUCCAGACCAUAGAAAACCACAUCCCUGUGUUGAGGGAGAGCAUUGUCAGGACUCCUUUUACAGGGAGAACUGUGUGUCUGUUCAAUAUGAAUACAAACAGUCACACUCCCUGCCAGACUCCCUGUCACAGUCACACUCCCUGCCAGACUCCCUGUCACAGCCACACUCCCGGUCAGACUCCCUGUCACAGCCACACUCCCGGUCAGACUCCCUGUCACAGCCACACUCCCGGUCAGACUCCCUGUCACAGCCACACUCCCGGUCAGACUCCCUGUCACAGCCACACUCCCGGUCAGACUCCCUGUCACAGCCACACUCCCUGCCAGACUCCCUGUCACAGCCACACUCCCGGUCAGACUCCCUGCCAGACUCCCUGUCACAGCCACACUCCCUGCCAGACUCCCUGUCACAGCCACACUCCCGGUCAGAGCCACACUCCCGGUCAGACUCCCUGUCAGACUCCCUGUCACAGCCAGACUCCCUGUCACAGUCCCUAUAAUAGCCACACUCCCAGCCACACUCCCAGACACACUCCCCGUCACAGCCCCUAUAAUCGUCACACUCCCCGCCAGGCUCCCUGUCACAGCCAGGCUCCCUGUCACAGCCAGGCUCCCUGUCACAGCCAGGCUCCCUGUCACAGCCAGACUCCCUGUCGCAGCCCCUAUAACAGACGCACUCUCCGCUAUAGUCCUUAUAACACCCGUUCUCCCCGCCAGACUCUCUGUCACAGCGACCACCUCUCCCUGGAGCCCCACCAGUACCCAACUCGACACUAUCAGCAGCCAUGGUUUUCUCUACCCCUGGCGAGGAGGCAGCCGGCGGAGAGGCAGCCGGCAGAGACCUCUACUGUUGUUUCUGAGGGCUGUUUCUCUUUCUCCAGUUCUGCUAGGCUCAGCACAUUAUGCAGAGCAGCAGAUGGAGAGGAGGAGGGGCAGGGAGGAAGGAGAGAAAGAGGUGGGGAGAGGGAAAGGGAGCCGGGAGAGAGCGAGCAGGUGCACGCGCAUGGAAAGAGACUGCAGGGAGGAGGGGGAGAAGGGAAGCAGCGAGAAGUCACGCAGGGAGGGGAGGGAGAAGAGCAGGGAGAAAUCGCACUGGCGCAGGGAGGAGGAGGAGGAGGAGGAGGAGGAGGAGAAGAGCGAGAGCAGGCGUACGUCGUCUUUGCAUCAUCAGCACUGCUCCUCUCAUCAUCGUCACCGGAAAGCAGCAUCACAGCGUCCGCCUCGCAGCAGCUACGCAGACGUAGACGGAGGAGCAGCAGCAGAGAAAAUGGCAGCUGUUUUCAAAGACAUGGCCUGAGUCUCGGCGUCAGACAGAAGUGGAGGCUGAGAUCCAGCAUUAUGGGGAACCAGGAGGGGAAGCAGAAGAAGGGGAAAGAGGGGGAAGGAUACGGACAGGACGCAGCAGACAAUACCACCGGAGAGCCUCGUCACACUGACGGCACAAACAAAGGAUUUCACCACGGCAAGAAAUCCCACGGAAAACAUGGCAAAGGAGUGGGGGAGGAGAAGAAGAAUAAGAAGGAGUCUAAAUCCUCUGUGUUCUCUAUCAGGAAGAGGAAGAAUCUAAAGGGGAAGGGUUCGACAGGAGGAUCCAGGGAGGAUGUGUUGUCGUCUCAGAAUGAGCUGGACUCCGCUCACUCUGCUCUCACCAAAACACCAGACCUCUCUCUGUCAGCUGACGACCUGGGCCAGUCUGACACCGAGGGAACAACAGAGCCUGGCGACGGGCACGGUGCUAGGAGUCAUGGUUGUAUCACGGGGGAGAGCCGGCAGCCCGCGGUGGAGAGCCGGCAGCCCGCGGUGGAGAGCCGGCAGCCCGCGGUGGAGAGCCGGCAGCCCGCGGUGGAGAGCCGGCAGCCCACGGUGGCGACCACGGACACUGCUCCAGACCAGCAGGAGGAUGUUGAACAGAGAAAGAGGAGCAGCUCUGGUUCAGACGUGGACAUCUAUAGCUUUCACUCAGCUGCGGAACAAGAGGACCUGCUAGCGGACAUCCAGCAGGCUAUUAGACUACAGCAGGGGGUGAUUAUCUCCACCGCUGAGCUGAGUGAAGAGCUGGGUUGGGGAGGAGGGUGGAGGAAACAGAGGUCUGACGAGGUUAUAACUACCCCCAGUCCCACUGAACAAACCCCCCCACCGGAGCCUCUCGCUGCCCCAGAGGCAGCCCCCGUCACUGGCCGGGAGAAUGGCCUGCUUUCUAAACCGUCCCUGUCCCUGGAUGGGCAGGAGGAGGCGGCAGAGGAGGAGGAGAGGGGAGCAACCACUGCUACAGAGGAACUAAACUGGGAGCUGAGAGGGGCUGAAACAGAACCGGCCCUUUGUGCCCCCUCCUAUUUCUCUGGGACAAAGGAGCAGGAGGAGGAGCAGGAGGAGGAGGAGGCAUUGAGCUGCCAGGAGGUGAACGUUAACACUCAGCCCCUCUCUCAGCCCCCCACAGCCCAGACUAACGGCCACGUUACCAAGACAACCAGCGUUACCAGCUUCCCAGACCUCACAGCCUCCUUUGAGAGCGCUGUGGAGUCUCCUCUCAGAGAGGAGAAGGAGGUGUUGGAGGAGGUGGAGGAAGAGGACGAGAAUGACCUGGACCUGCCUCCCAUGUCAGCCGAGAGCCUUAGUCACAGUGACGCGACCACGAGCCACGAGGACAUAGACCUGAGCUCUGACAACGCCUCCGAGGGAGAGGAGAGGGUGGGGGACUGGGUGGGGGCAGGGGUGGGUGCUGCAGUCAGCGUUGAGUCCCUGGAAUGUCUUAGCAGGGGGGAUCUGAGGUGCUCUGAGCCUACCGACGACCCCCUGAUCACCCAGAGGAGGAAGAGCAGCGUGUCCUUCUACCCUUGGCCCUGUCAGGAGAGCCCUAGCCUGGCCACGCGUCUCCUCAAGUCCACCCUGACCUCCACCCUUCCAUCCUACAACCACUCCUCCUCAGGCACCAGCCCCACAGUCAAACCCUACCCUCCCAUUUACCCGUCUUACAUCAAGACCACCACCCGGCAGCUGUCUGGUUCCCCGGGCACCUCACCCUCACAGAGCCCCUUGUUCCGCCGGCGCUGCCACGACCUGGGACACCGCACGGAGAAGUGGAGGGUUAGACGACAGCGCUCCCACAGCAUCGCCGGUCCCCUCAGCUGGUCCGCGGACUGGACCGAGGAGCUGGAGAGGGAGCGCCCCACCAAGGCAGGAUCAGCGGAUUAUCUGCAGGGGUACGGAGGGUCGGAGGACAGGCUGAGGGGGGGCAGUCAGCCCCUGUGUGCCACACGGAGAUCCUCAACCGGACAGGUGUCUACCUGCAGCUUCCAUGACAUCUUCACCGGUCGUACCCUCCUAGAGAAGUUGUUCCUACAGCAGGAAGAUGCCCAGCCAGAGGAAGCUGAGAAGCUGUGCUCUAGGAUUCUGGCCAUGGGGCUGUUACUACCCUUCACUGACUGCUUCAAAGAGACAAUAGGAGGGUCCAACCCACAACUCGCUGCGCCAUGCAAGUUCCACCAAGACCAGCUGUACACGUGGGCAGCGGUCAGCCAGCCCCCCCACUCCAUGGAACACUUUGAGGGCCGGGCCCCCCUCCCUGGGCACCUGAAGACCCUGUGGCCCCCACCCAGACCUGUGGGAGACGAUAGACCAGGACUUGUGUACACCGAGGAGGAGGGCGAUGAAGAACACCAGGCAGCCAUCUUGGGGCUGAAGAGACACCAGAGAGAAGAAGUCAGCCAACUUCAGGAGGAGUCGGUGCUGAAAUCAGUGAAGCUGAAAGAGGAGCACGUCAACGUGAUCCAGCAGUUAGAACAAACCAUUGAGGACCUGCGGACUAAGAUAGCUGAGCUGGAGGAACAGUACCCCCUGCUGGACAGAGAUAAUAUUAGCAUUAAUGAGCCGGAGACUGGUGUGGAGGGGAGUCUGUACCGGGAGGUCUGUCAUGUAGACCUACAGACUGAGGAGAGGAUGGUGAAGGAGGUCUGUCAUGUAGACCUGCAGACUGAGGAGAGGAUGGUGAAGGAGGUCUGUCAUGUCGACCUACAGACUGAGGAGAGGAUGGUGAAGGAGGUCUGUCAUGUCGACCUACAGACUGAGGAGAGGAUGGUGAAGGAGGUCUGUCAUGUCGACCAACAGACUGACUGUCUCCUGAGUUGUCUGCAGGCCAAGUCUGUCCAGACGUCGCCUAUGGAGGAAAGCUUUAAGUUUAAUGUGCCUUUACCGGACCAGAUGCCACCCUUGUUUGUGAACGAGGAUGGAGGAGAGUCCUCUUCGUCUUCCUCCUGUCCCCUUAAUCUCCCCCCAGAACUGGCCUUGUCCCUACCCAUACCCUUCUCCCCCAAGGCCGCACCAGCAUUUGUCUGUACGUGCCAACAGCAGCAACAGAGUGGCAUUAAACCCCCCCCUCCACCUCCUUUACCUGGCCACUCCAUGGCUCCUCCUCCACCACCACCUCUACCAGGGGGUGCAAUGCCCCCACCACCACCUCCACCUCCUCUACCAGGGGGUGCAAUGCCCCCACCACCACCUCCACCUCCUCUACCAGGGGGUGCAAUGCCCCUACCUCCUCCUCCACCUCCUCUACCAGGGGGUGCAAUGCCCCCACCACCUCCUCCACCUCUACCAGGGGGUGCAAUGCCCCCACCACCACCACCUCUCCCUGGCAUGGGGAUGGCACCUCCCCCACCCCCUCCACCAUUACCUGGGAUGGGUGGACCUCCUCCUCCUCCGCCGCCUCCUCCUGGCUGUGGCCCUCCUCCACCAUGUUCCCUGGGCUCCCUGGUCCCUCCGUUGCCCAUGGGACUGUAUGCUCUAAGCAUGGCCCAGGAGAAACCUCCCCGGAAAGGAGUGGUGGAGCCUCCCAGACCCAUGAAACCUCUCUACUGGACCAGGAUACAGCUGAACUCGGCUCAACACAAAAGAGAGGUGAGCACGUCGCUGGUCUGGGACAAGAUCCUGGAGCCUGAUGUGAACUUUGAGGAGUUCGUAGAGCUGUUCUCCAAGACUGCUGUGAAGGAGAAGAAGAAACCCCUGUCAGAUACCAUCACCAAGUCUAAAGCCAAACAGGUGGUCAAAUUGCUGAACAACAAGCGUUCUCAGGCGGUGGGGAUUCUGAUGUCCAGUCUGCAUCUGGACAUGAAGGACAUCCAGCAUGCCAUCCUGAACCUGGACAAUACUGUGGUGGACCUGGAGACUCUACAAGCCCUCUAUGAAAACAGAGCACAACAGGAUGAGAUGGAGAAGAUCGAUAAGCACAUCAAGUCAUCGAAAGACAAGGACAACGUCAAACCUCUGGACAAACCUGAACAGUUCCUGUUCCAGUUACAUCAGAUCCCCAACUUCUCAGGCCGGGUGUUCUGUAUCCUGUUUCAGUCCACCUUCUCUGAAUGGAUCUCCUCUAUCCUCCGCAAACUGGACAUCCUGCAGAGAGUGUGUACGACCUUGCAGAGUGGCCAGUGUGUGAUGCAGGUGCUGGGUCUGGUCCUGGCCUUUGGUAACUUCAUGAAUGGUGGCAACCGAACCAGAGGACAGGCUGACGGCUUUAACCUGGAUAUCCUGCCCAAGCUGAAGGAUGUGAAGAGCAGCGAUAACACCCGGAGUCUGUUGUCCUACAUGGUGUCUUACUAUCUGAGACACUUUGACGAGGACGCCGGCAGGGAGACGUGUCUCUACCCUCUCCCUGAGCCCCAGGACCUGUUCCAGGCUUCACAGAUGAAGUUUGAGGACUUUCAGAAGGACCUGACCAAACUAAAGAAGGACCUCCGAGCGUGCAACACAGAGGUGGAGAAGGUGUGUAAAGUGUCGUCUGAAGUUCACCUACAGCCCUUCAAAGACAAGAUGGAGGAAUUCCUCAGCCAAGCUAAAUCUGACCUGGAGGUCCAGGAGACGCAGCUCAGGGACACUCACAAGUUAUUCUUGGAGAUAACCGUGUUCUACCAGGUGAAGGCGAAGAUGGGGGAGAAGGAGGUUUCCCCCAACACCUUCUUCUCCGUGUGGCACGACUUCUCCUCCGACUUUAAAGACCUGUGGAAGAAGGAGAACAAGAUGAUCCUACAGGAAAGACUGAAGAAGGCAGAGGAGUGCUUCAGACAAGCCAAGGAGAAGGCGACCUACAGUGUCAAACCCAAGCAUGCCUCGGGAAUCAAAGCCAAGCUGGGCAUGAAGAUUUAAGAUUGGUGGUCGUCUAUUUUACUGUGGAGCGAGAGAGACGAGGAACAACCGAGUUGGACUGCAUGUACUACUACCGAUGAAUCACUUAGGCUUUAGAACGAGAACCAAAUGACACACUAUUCCCUAUGUAGGGCACUACUUUAGACCAGGGUCCAUAGGUCCCAUAGGGCUCUAGUCUAAAGUAGUGCACUACAUAAGGGAAUAGGGUGCCAUGUGGGACAUAAGAUACUACUUUUAUUUUUGACUCCAAGCAGCUGUCAGUCUGUCCGUCUCCCGUCCUCCCGCCUGCUCUAUGGGACCCGGCUCUGCAGGAUUCUGUUAUUAGCUCGUCAGACACACACACAUCAACAUCCAAUCAGAAAGAAGAGGGAAACACCAUGGGGUCAGCGGAUGUCAUUAUACCAGAACUAUAUUUAUAGGAUGUCUUCCACAGGGACAUACUAAAGGAUACCUACUGUAGAGAUACCUGGGUCCAUCUUCUCCACAGUCCUACCCCCUACUGUAGAGAUACCUGGAGCCAUCUUCUCCACAGUCCUACCCCCUACUGUAGAGAUACCUGGAGCCACCUUCUCCACAGUCCUACCCCCUACUGUAGAGAUACCUGGGUCCAUCUUCUCCACAGUCCUACCCCCUACUGUAGAGGUACCUGGGUCCAUCUUCUCCACAGUCCUACCCCCUACUGUAGAGGUACCUGGGUCCAUCUUCUCCACAGUCCUACCCCCUACUGUAGAGGUACCUGGGUCCAUCUUCUCCACAGUCCUACCCCCUACUGUACAGAUACCUGGGUCCAUCUUCUCCACAGUCCUACCCCCUACUGUAGAGGUACCUGGAGCCACCUUCUCCACAGUCCUACCCCCUACUGUAGAGGUACCUGGGUCCAUCUUCUCCACAGUCCUACCCCCUACUGUAGAGAUACCUGGAGCCAUCUUCUCCACAGUCCUACCCCCUACUGUUGAGGUACCUGGGUCCAUCUUCUCCACAGUCCUACCCCCUACUGUAGAGAUACCUGGGUCCAUCUUCUCCACAGUCCUACCCCCUACUGUAGAGAUACCUGGAGCCACCUUCUCCACAGUCCUACCCCCUACUGUAGAGGUACCUGGAGCCAUCGUCUCCACAGUCCUACCCCCUACUGUAGAGGUACCUGGGUCCAUCUUCUCCACAGUCCUACCCCCUACUGUAGAGGUACCUGGGUCCAUCUUCUCCACAGUCCUACCCCCUACUGUAGAGAUACCUGGAGCCAUCGUCUCCACAGUCCUACCCCCUACAGUACAGUACUGACCUGAAAUGCCAAACAUGUUGCCUAUUCAAGCUUUACUGUGUACCCAUGACGAGAUGUGUGUUUUCCAAAGCAAUAUAAAUGUGUACUAGGCUGAAACAGUGAUUGUAUAUUAAAACACAACCUCAUUGGACUGUGAGAGAGAGAGGAGACGUGUGAAGAGGAACACAGCAGAAGGAAAACGAACACAGCCGUUGUCCAGGAGUCAUCCCAAAUGGCACCCUAUUCCCUAUAUAGUGCACUACUGUUGAUCAGGGCCCAUGCACCCUAAUCCCUAUAUAGUACACUACUGUUGAACAGGGCCCAUGCGCCCUAUUCCCUAUAUAGUACACUACUGUUGAACAGGGCCCAUGCACCCUAUUCCCUAUAAAGUACACUACUGUUGAACAGGGCCCAUGCACCCUAUUCCCUAUAUAGUACACUACUGUUGAACAGGGCCCAUGCACCCUAUUCCCUAUAUAGUACACUACUGUUGAACAGGGCCCAUGCACCCUAUUCCCUAUAUAGUACACUACUGUUGAACAGGGCCCAUGCACCCUAUUCCCUAUAUAGUACACUACUGUUGAACAGGGCCCAUGCACCCUAUUCCCUACAUAGUACACUACUGUUGAACAGGGCCCAUGCACCCUAUUCCCUAUUUAGUACCUUACUUUGGAUUAGGGCCCAUAGUAGUGGUCUAUAUAGGGAGCCGUUUGACAUACAGCCACGAUGUCCAACGUUGAGCUCAACUUAGAUUGUGUCCGGCAGAGAAGAGCUCUCUGUCUCCUUCCUGACCAGUAGAGAGGUUCACCCUCAUCUGAUCCCUGUUCACUCGGUCUAGAAGACCAGCUGUAGAAUAGACUUCUGGCAUGUUUUACUCACUUCACAAAAAACACAUCACUUCAAAGACAUAUUUUCUACUCUUAUCGAGGAGAAAAUAAAAGACAAUUCUGGUGUAAAACCUGUAAAUGUAUAACUUAUUCCCUUUUCACUUAUCUGAAGUGAUGCCGUGUGUGUUCGGUAAGAAGACUAUUCUAAUGUGAGGACAGAGAGGGUUAUGGGAAAUGUAGUGUGUUGGUUUGAUAAAGAUUUAAUGUAAAGACAGUGAACAGUCCUAAAGGAAUGUUCAUUUACAUUGAAAAAGUGCAUUCAAAUAAUUGACUCGAUUACUAAAAAAUAAUAUAUUUAAAAUGCUUUUAUCAGUGUAAAGUAGUAUUGUAUUCUUUAUGUAACAUAUUUUUGUAAAGAUUUUAUUUUCUGUCCCCCAGCAUGUUAAAUCAUCAUCCUGGAGUUGCUGGAUAAGGUUUAUUAUUGUAAAAUGUUGUUAGUAUCUCACUGGAUCUCUGCUUGUUUCUGGGAGCAGCAAUGUCAUUUAUCUACAAUAAAAAUGAAUAAAUUCAG